GCGCAUGCUCGGCGCGGGCGCCAUUUUGGUGGGGCCGGGAAUUAUCCAGCGGGAGCGGAGGAGCUCUCUGGGCCCGGCUCGGAGGCAGCGGCGAGUGGGUGCCGGCUGCGGAGAUGGCCAACAUCGCGGUGCAGAGGAUCAAGCGAGAGUUCAAGGAGGUGCUGAAGAGCGAGGAGACGAGCAAAAAUCAAAUUAAAGUAGAUCUUGUAGAUGAGAAUUUUACAGAAUUAAGAGGAGAAAUAGCAGGACCUCCGGACACACCAUAUGAAGGAGGGAGAUAUCAACUAGAGAUAAAAAUUCCAGAAACAUAUCCCUUCAAUCCUCCUAAGGUGCGGUUUAUCACCAAAAUAUGGCAUCCUAACAUUAGCUCGGUCACUGGGGCCAUUUGUUUGGAUAUCCUGAAAGAUCAAUGGGCAGCAGCAAUGACUCUAAGGACAGUGUUGUUAUCAUUGCAAGCACUGUUGGCAGCUGCAGAACCAGACGAUCCACAAGAUGCAGUAGUGGCAAAUCAGUACAAACAAAACCCAGAAAUGUUCAAACAGACAGCUCGACUUUGGGCACAUGUGUAUGCUGGAGCACCAGUUUCUAGUCCAGAAUACACCAAAAAAAUAGAAAACCUUUGUGCUAUGGGCUUUGAUAGGAAUGCAGUAAUAGUGGCCUUGUCUUCAAAAUCAUGGGAUGUAGAGACUGCAACAGAAUUACUUCUGAGUAACUGAGCCAUGUAAAGAGCUGCUUCUGUAGUCCAGCUUGCCCUUUCUGAGGAGCAUCACCAUCUGUUAUUUUUAGGAUUCUAUAUAGAUUCUCUUUUAAAACUGGCACUCUUGCCUGAUGAUGCUAUCUAAGCACUAUUGGAGACUGAAAAACUGCUCUGUAAAUAAAGCUAAUUAAACGUCUGUGUAAAUUUAAAAGGGGAAAUACUUUAAUUUUUUCUUACUAAAUAUUGUAAAAAUUCUUUGAGCUCAGCUAAAACAAUGGGGCGGGGGGGAACAUGCCUACUUUAGUGUUUAGCAGUGUGACCAAGACUAGCAGGAAUUUGCUUCAGGAUUUUGAUUUAAUUAUUCAGAUAACAUUGAGUGUCAAAGUCAUCAAAAUUGUUAGUGUCACUCAUCCAUCUAUCUUACUGUUUUUAACAUGGAUCCUAUGUGCCUGUGGAUUGACCUAUAUUUGCAUGCUUGUACUUUACUAGACAUUUUAGAUAGGGUAGCUGAAGAGAGCACCAUUUAAGUACUUGAAUGUUCUUGUUAACUUUUUUCCUGAAAGCAGUUUCAAGAUUUAUCAAAAGUUCAAAAUGGUGACCUGUUCAGAACCUCUUUCUUAGUCAGGUGACUGGGAAAUCUGCUUAUUUGCCCUCUCCAACAACACACACCUAAAAUAUCAUUCUGGAUUCCCUUCCAUAAUCUGUGGGUCUGGGUGCCAUUAACAGUAGUUUAGUUGCCACUUUAAAUGGUAUAUUUUGAAUAACCAGUAAAUGUGUUUAACCAUCAUACUUGCUACACAAUCAUAAAAGUUUGGUAUGUCUGGACAUAGCACAAAAAAGUGGAGCUGCUUUUUGUUGUUUGUUAUAUAGAGGUCAGAACUCCUUCAAUAAAUUUGGAUAGUAUAAAUUCACUGGAUUUGGGGGAAGAACAACUGAACAAUUCUCGUAUACUGAGAAUUUAAAAAAAACUAAUGAAAUAUUUUUCUUUGAGUACUUGCUGUGAUGCAAUCAGCUGUUUUUUGCAACAGCUUUCUAGCUUUAUUUUGAGCUUCAGUCUAAGGAUUGCUUACCAGGUACUUUAAAAAUUCACUCGUUUGCAUUUUUCCCUAGUUGAUACAUGGAGGCUGGUGUUGGUGUUCUUACUGUACAUACUUCAAAUGCACAUAGAAGUAGAAGUGUGUUCUCAGUUUAACUUUCUUUUGGAUUGAUGUUUCUGAUAAACGAGAACUGAAAUUACCUUCGCUUGUAAAUAGUCAGUCUUUCUAUUCGUAUUAAAAUUACAUUUCAUCCUGAGUUUAAAAGCUUGAAAAUUAUUAGUUUGCAACUUCAAACAGUAGUACAUCCAUCUAAAGAAAGUUGUCAUGUCUGUAUGGAUACAGUUGGAUACUUCUGAAAAUACAUCAGACAUGAAACUUUCAGCUAAAAUAGAAACUGAGUAGAGACUGGGGAUUGUGGAUGAUAGUGUACCAUAAAAGGCUUCUUUUCCGUGACUGUCUUCUCUUAAGCAAUAGUCUAAUAAGUGGGGGGAAAUGUACAUUCAUUUUGCUUGAACUAUAAAAUGAGCUGUAACAGUGUCAUACUUCAUAGAAGAUCCAGUUUGUAAAUGAUACUGGAAGCAAUGGGGAAUAUUAUUAAACACCUGGAGCAAAGUAGUAGGGGGAACAGAACUAGAAAAUAGAGAUGGAAAAGACCUAACUAAUGCAGGAUUACUCCCUGCAGUCGUCUAUCUAAUGUGUUCAUACUUUAAAAAUACUUGCAGAACACAGACAGUAAAUUUUUAACUCCCAUCCGUGCAAUACUAAACACAGUUGCUAUAGUCUUUCUGUACUGCUUUCUAAGGUUUUAUUCAUUGAUCAUAUUUCUUGGAUUUUCUUGCAGUAGUGUAAGUCAUUUUCAGAGAUGCCAAAGGAAACAAGACUUUUUUUUGUUGUUUUUCCUUGAUAUUUAUUUAUUUUUGUUAACAAUUAAAAAGCUGCUACUGCUCAACUGGUUUGUUAGGUAAUAGCUGGAAACAGUAGAAAACUAUGGCAAUUUUGCCAUUUGUGUUAAAAUCUCAAGUUACUGUCUUUUUCUGUUAUGUAUAGUUUGAUAAGAACAUUUUGAUCAUUUCAUUUACAUGUUAUUUACCCUGGUGGUAAUUGUAAAUGGCUGACUACUACUUUCCCUUGUUCUGCACUGCUAUUUAUCAAAGAAAGGAACUUGGAAAUCAUUGGGGGACAUAAAACUUAAUUAUAGCCUCUGGACCUGUCAUUUUGGUAACAGGAUUAGUCUCUUAGAGAGGACUGUGAGCACAUCUCAAAUGAUAAUCAGAGCAAAGUUUUCCAAGCAUAUAAGGGAGGGGAUGGGAUGGAAUGGGGGGAGGGUGGAGAGAGAAGAAAAGAGUGGGGAAUUGCUUUACUUCAUCACUGUUACCACUGAAACAAUUCCCCAUCAUGGAUUUUCUCCUGCUAUUUCCUUCACCCAGUACCUCAUUUUCUUUGUGGUAUUGCAAACUGUUCUCCUAAUACAGUUCUGUUCAAAUGCCAGUGUGUCCUUUCCUCCCAUGGAUUUAGUAACUAAGGUACUUGACUCAGUGCCAGCUCGGAUGCUGCAGCAAGGAAGUGUCUUGAGCUGGAUAGGGAAGUGACCCAAUAUUAAGCAGACAUUCAUAAUGUGAGGUCCCUAUGAAUUUGAAUCCUUUGUAAGGAACAUUUUUCUAUUCUUGGGUAACUAGCAGAGUUGAAUAUAAGGUUAUGUUGUACCAGAUUAGUGUAACUGCAGCCAGGGAUGAACCCUAGGAAUCUCUUACUGUUUGGGUGUUUUAACAUAGUAACUUUGUAAAGACUAAAUUGUAGUUCCGUUUUUUUAUGACUGAACAUCUCUAUAUUCAGGGCCCUGUGCAUUCACGACUGUGGAAUUGCUAUACAAUCUACUCCUGCUGCAGAUUUGUGCAGCACAUUUACACUUAGUUUAAAAACAUCUAGGCAUAAUGGCUGCAAAUAAUUUCUAAAUGUAAAUUGAUGCCUUGUCAUCUUCCUUAGUCUGCAAGCAGACAGUUUAAAAUAAUAACUGUGAAGUCUGAACAACCCCAUUUAUCUCAAUAGGUGUUAAUGCUGUAACUUAGUGACUCCCUAAAUGUCAGCUAAAUUUCACUGCUGAACAUUUUAGCACCAACAUCUAGUUAAUGUAGUUUAUCAGUUGUUUUCGGAUAGUGUUGUUGGUGAACAAGAAAUUUCAGUCUUUUCUUGCCCCUCACAAAUUUUGAAGUAGCUUCUGACCUUAUUCAGAGGCAAAGAAAAGUUGCCUUUCCUAUUGCCAAUAGCUUCAACUCCCUCACGGGUGCCGAAAGGUCCAUUUAUACCCCAUCUAGUUGCCAAAAACCCCACGAUUUUUAAGUUCUCAAUAUGAGAAACUCACAUAGGGAAACUAAAACUUACGGACAAUAUAAAAAGGACACUACUGAUGUUACACCACAUUUAAGUAAAAGGCUCCAUUUUCUGAUUUACCUGAAUUUGCCACAAGUUUCCAGUCUCAGAGUACUGCCUAAACUAGGGGCCUUAUAGCAGAAUUUAGGUCCAGCUUGCCACAGAGUACAUGGGGCCUUGACUGUAAUCAGUCAGGCAGUAUUUAUUUAUGGAAUUAGGUACUACAAAUUUUGUUGAACUUAAAGUUUGUUCUUGAUUUUCAUUGUAUUUAACUUUUUUCUUUCAAGUAAAUUAGGAUUGGGAACACUGAUGUUUGCAUCUGGUGUCUGAAAGGAGAAAUUCAUUAGCCAAAAAGAGACUUAUCUUGAAACAGCAGAUCUACAUUCUGUGAUGUGGAUAAUGGAAACACUUAAACUAUGCAAAAUUAACCUUCAUAAAACAGCUGGAAGUCAGACCUGGCAGGUGAGAGAGUACAGAUCACUUAUUUAAUGGAAAACAAAAUACGAUUUCAAGUAAAAGCUCUUGUUUACUGUGGUGGCUGUCAUUAAUAUGAAGAGGUCAGCUUUCAGAGCCAGGGGCGGCUUAACUGUGUGCAUGCCCAUUGCUUGCUUCCUAUGGAAGCAACAAACAGAGCCUAGCUUAUUAUUGUUAGAGAGAAGCCCAGGAAGGGCCAAUGUUAACUAAAACUUACUUACACGGCUAAAAUAUUUUGAACACGUGUUCAAGGGGGACAAAUGGGAUUAGGUGAUUGUGAUGUUGGAGUGGAAGGGCUUCUCUACACACACAUUUAGUUCUCAGCAAGCUGGGGUAUAAACCUAUUCUGUACUAAUAGUUCCUUACUGUGCUUUGAGCUACUCCAGUUUCAAAGCAGCAUAGCUCCAAGUACUGUAAGGAACUGUUAGUACAUGAUAGAUUUAUACCCCAGCUUGCUGAGAACUAAAUGUUUGUGUAGAGAAACCAAAGACUCUUAGUGGAUGUGAUCAUGGAUUGUUUUGUAGAACAUGUGACAGCAAUUGGCUAAGCAGAGGACAGUUAAAAAUGUUCAUUUUCCCAUGCUUUUUACUACAUCACAAUAGUAAAACAUGAAGUAAAGCUUUUCUGGGAAGAGCAUGUAGAUGUUUUCACUGUUAAUAGCCUAAUUUUCCAAAUGUUGCUUUGGUGACAGAAAAGUGUUUAUCAUUUGUCUUCAGUUAGACUGCUGAUCCAUAUUAAACAUAUUUCAGUAAAAACAUAUACUAUGACCUUCCCACUUUUACUGUUACAGCUUCAUUAGCUGAUACAUCAUUAGACAUGCAAGGUAUGUGUUGCUUCUCAUUUGGUUAUUUCAACUAUAAUGCUCUGUAGGCAACCUCAGCAACUUUACUUUUCAGAUUUGUUACCCAUGGACCAAUUGUUGCAAAUAAUUUGCACUGUACUGUGACGUUACCUGCUUGUGGGCAGCAUAAAAAAUAGCUAGCCAAUUGCUUAUGAGGCUGAACCAUUCACUGAAAACGUAAGUUGAAAUACCUAACUCUCAGAUGAGGAAAUGUACUAUGAAAGUGCUGUAUUAUCCGUUUUACAAUUUGCAACAACUGCUCAUGCUGAAGGAUGCUGCUAUCAUAGGAAUGCUGAUUUCAACUGUUGAAGAAUCCCACUUGUGAGAUACCUUUUCCAUCUCAAAUUUUGAUUUUUUUUAAAAGUUAAUAAAGAAUACUGGAGAAGGUUUGUUACUGAGCAUUUAAUUUCCUGUAAAGGGUGAGUGGGAGUGGGCUGGACUGAAGCAUCAGUGUUUUUUGUCUUGAGAAUAAAAACUACACAACACUUUUGUACACAAAUGAUUUUUUAAAUAAAUACACAUUUUAAAAGA